AUUCCCAUAUCCCCUCACCAAAUUAAUCAACCUUAUAUUAACACCAAAAUUAAUGCCUGUGACAUUGUUAUUACUAUUCAUUUAAAAGUGUAAUUCAUGAUUGUGGCGAUGGGCAGAGAGAAUGAGGGAAUGCUCAAGACAUUGGUGGAUUUGGGGUUUGGGCAGUUGGUUUCUUUUGUUCUUGCAAUAAUGACCUUUUCUGCUUCUUUGGUUUCCACUCAAGUGGAUGCACCUCUUUUUCUGUCCUUCACUACAUACUCUGCUGUGGCUCUUGUCUAUGGAAGCAUCAUGCUCUAUCGCCGCCACAAAUUGAUGGUUCCAUGGUAUUGCUAUGCCCUCUUAGGCUUUGUUGACGUCCAUGGCAAUUAUCUUGUUAAUAAAGCAUUCCAGUUCACAUCCAUCACCAGUGUAACCAUACUAGAUUGCUGGACAAUAGUUUGGUCUAUCAUUCUUACUUGGAUGUUCCUCGCCACAAGAUAUUCUCUGUGGCAGUUUCUCGGCGCCGCCAUUUGUGUCGGAGGCCUUGCUCUCGUGCUCCUCUCUGACGCAGGAGUGUCCGGUGGUGGAAGCGGUUCUAAUCCUCUUCUAGGCGAUUUUCUCGUCAUUGUAGGCUCCAUUUUCUUCACAGUGAGCAAUGUUGGCGAGGAGUUCUGUGUGAAGAGGAAGGAUCGCGUUGAAGUAGUAUCAAUGAUCGGUGUGUUUGGUAUGCUUAUAAGCGCAACCGAGAUUACUGUGCUGGAGAGGAACACUCUGGCAUCAACGAAGUGGUCUGCUGGAGUUUUUUCAAACUACGUUGUUUAUGCAGUGUCCAGCUUUCUGUUCUGCACACUUAUGCCUUUUGUUCUUAAGAGGAGUGGAGCAGCAUUUUUCAAUAUUUCCAUGCUUACAUCUGAUAUGUGGGCUGUUGUAAUUAGGAUAUUCAUCUACAAGCAGAAGGUUGUCCGUUGUAGUUUGGAAAUGGAAUUUGGUGAUUUUUGUAUUAAUCUACUAUUGACAUUUUUGCAGGUUGAUUGGUUGUACUAUUUGGCCUUUUUGAUAGUUGUAGUUGGAAUAGCUAUAUAUGCGAAAUCAGAGAAGGAUCCAAACGACACGAAUGCAAACUUGGAUCCAGAGUAUCAUCUUAUUGAUGACCAAAUUCCUAAAAUAACAUAAACUUUAUUAUAAUUCAAUAAUCUUUCGAAGAAACUUUCUUCAUUUUAGAUGAAAUAAUUUAGAGCUGAAACAGCUUUUGCAUAUUUAUUAAAAUUGUGGUAGUAUAUGUACCUAUUGUAGUAUUAUAAACUUAGCUCAUGAGUACUUAGUCCCGUUUCUAUUUUUAA